CUUCUUCAUUCUUGUGAUUCAAAGAACAAAGCCCUUGAUCACCGGAGCUCCGAAGCAGAACCUCACCUCUCCUCUCUCUCUCUCUUUUCUUUGUUCUUUCUUCUUUCUUCUUUCUUCAACAAUGGCGUUUAGGAAAACCCUAGCACAGCGUCUCUUCCAUAUAACCAAAAUCUCAUCACAUUCUUCCCCCAUUUCUUCUCCUCUGUUCCAGCAACCUUCAGUCCCUCCUGAUUCCGCCAAAGCAAUCUUCCGGAAAGAAUUUCUCGGCGGUUCGGAUUCCGGCGACGAUGGAUUUUUCAGGAGGUUUCUUCAGAAAAGAGCGAUUGUACAAUCGGCGGUGGCGUCGCCGGAGCUCCGGUCCCUGUCGCUUGGGGAUAAAUUGAUGGAGAAGCUUAAAGGCAUCAACACUAACAGAGAUCGCCUGCAAUUGGAAGGACUAAAUCCGCCGGUGACAAGGUCGAAUUCGCUCGACGAAAUUUCAGUCCAGGAUGCACGAAAGCUGUUGAGGCUUUCACGUUUAGAAACGUUGAAAACGAAGUUGAGAAGCAUUCCGAAGAGCUGUAUCUCACAUUCGGAGUUUAUUCAGAUCUGCUCCAAUGGUUGCUUGACUUCUGAUCAGGCAUUAGAGUUCGCGAAAGUGUUGGAUCAAUCUGGAGACGUCAUCGUCUUAGGAAACGUUGUGUUCCUUCGUCCGGAGCAGGUAGCAAAAGCUAUGGAAGCCAUAAUUCCUCUAUCAAUAUCCCACCCAAACGACCCCAGAAAGAAAGAACUUGAAGAGAUGGAGAAGCAGAAGGCAGUAAUAGACGAAAAAGCAGAUGCGUUGGUUCGAAGGGAGCUAUGGGCAGGGCUUGGCUUCCUCGUAGUUCAGACUGCAGCAUUCAUGAGGCUCACCUUCUGGGAGUUAUCUUGGGAUGUGAUGGAACCUAUAUGCUUCUAUGUGACCUCUGUUUACUUCAUGGCGGGCUAUGCCUUCUUCCUGAGGACUGCCAGAGACCCUUCUUUCGAAGGGUUCUACGAGAGCCGCUUUAGCGUCAAACAGAAGCGGCUGAUGAAGAACAAGAAUUUCGACAUCGAAAGGUUUAACGAGCUCCAUAGAGCCUGUUAUUCGCUUACUUCUGAACAACCACCUUCAUCCGCACCACUAAAUCACUCUGAUAAGACUUUGCUUGGUGCAGCUCUUCAUCAUUAAGAUUUUCAGUUUGACAAAUUCUCUGAAGAGACAUCCAAAAGAUACUCCCCUUCCCGAACUCCAAAAAAGAAAAAGAAAAAGAAAAAAAAGAAGGGUUAAGAAAAACAAACAAUUUUGUUAAUUGUUACAAUCAAUAUAUGAUUUGAGUGUAUAAAAGUUAGGUAGUAUCUUUAAUACAUACCGGGAUUUAGUUCA